AUGUCUUCUAACACAGCUUCCAAAGAUAAGGUGAAAAGCCGCAACGAGCGCAACAUAUUGACAUUCUACGAGAAGAUUGCCGUCAUACACUACUACGAUGAGACAAGCGUUUCACGAAAUCGCUUGGCAAAGCUGUUCCACUGUUGUGCCACACAAAUUCGACGCAUUCUCGAACACAAAAAUGAACUGCUCCAGCAAUUGGCCACACUCAGCGAGUCUGAUGCCACCAACUUUAUUGAAGAAAUGACACGUAAGCGACGCAAAUUCGAAAUGAGCGCAAUUAGUUUCAUUCUGCAUCAGUGGGUGGAGCGCUGUAGGGAGUUGCGCCUGCGCAAAAGAAUAACCAAUCAGACGCUCAAGGACACGGCAUUAAAAAUGGCAGCUUUACUAAAUUUGCCCAGCUUCCGGCCAUCGUAUAGAUGGUUGGAUCGCUUUCGUAGCAAAUACAAAUACACGGACGAAGAUUUGGGCACGACCGACCCGAAUGCCACAGACGGUGAGCUUGCCGUGGAAGAUAUUAUCAUCGAAUUUAAAGAUGCGCUGCCGAACUUCAUGCAGACAGAAAUUUCAACAAUCACCGCACUUGAUAAAACAGUGAAUACAGAAAUGGCAAAGAAAAGUGGUGAAGUGCAAGGAGAAAGCAGUGAAAACAGCGUUGAUUGUGUGCUCAGCGAUGACGACGAAGUGGAAGAGCGGGGAGAUGGUGCCAUCGAAAUUGACGAUGAAAUUACAACGGUAGUGAGUAAAUCCAAAGACUCCAGUGGUAGUGCACCCAACACCAAUGCAAAUACUCCUUGCGCGAUGAGCAGCGCUAAUCAGGAGGAAAAUACCGAACAAAUUAAAAUGAAUGCAGGCACCACAGCGGUUCUAGGCAGUGUAUUCCCUCAUCUGGCUGUCAUACACCAGUUUGCAUUGUUGAACGCCGAUGUGAAGGCUCUGGAGUUGAUCUCACAAUUGGGUGUACAUAUGCAAAGGCAGGCCAUCGAGGGAGCA